AUGCAGCCGUUUGGCCGUGCCGCCUGGAGGCAUGGCAGGAUAGGGCUGGAGCUGGCAGCGAGGCCGGCGGCAAAAGCCAGCUUCGGCCUCAGCUUCAGCCCGGCAAGGACGCCCUCGACUGCCUGCAUCCGCUGCCACGUCCCGAUCGCCGUCUUUCGAGCCCGCUUCUACUCCUCCCAACCCUCCAACGAAGCCGACAAGCCCCCCAAUCCCCCCCAAUCCGUCCCCAAACCCGACAGCCCGGCGUCAUCGACCGCGAAAAAUGCAUCUUCGGCCGACCCUGCCCCAUCGUGGUCUAAGCCGAGCUGGCUGGAGCUGCCGUCGAUAUCAGAGGAGCGGCGGAGCGCCCUGACCAAGAGGUUCAGCAGCAUCAUGGACGGUGUCCAGUCCAAGGUCCUCAAUGCCUCGCAGAAGCUCAACGAGAUCACCGGCUACACGGGCAUCGAGGCCAUCAAGUUGGAGAACGAGCAGCUGGAGCAGCAGUUAGCCGAGGCCCAGGCCCGCGUCCGGACGGCCAGGCAGGCAUACAAGACAUCGAACAACAAGCGGGCGUCAACUCAGCGCGAGGUUACGACGCUGCUUGCCCGCAAGGACACUUGGACGCCCGCGGAUCUCGAGCGCUUUACCGAGCUCUACCGGACGGAUCACAUCCUCGAGGGCGAGGUUAUCACGGCCCAGGAGAACUUGACCGAGGCCGAGGCCGACGAGCAGAAGCUGAGCCAAAAGCUCAGUGCCGGCAUCCUGAAACGCUAUCACGAGGAGCAAAUCUGGAGCGACCGCAUCCGGAGAGCCUCGACGUGGGGCACCUGGGGGCUGAUGGGCAUGAACUUUAUCCUCUUUGUGGUGCUGCAGUUUGUGGCCGAACCCUGGAAGCGCAAGAGGCUGGUCAAGGGCGUCGUGGCAGAGGAAAAGCGAGUCUUGGAUGAGGUCCAGUCUGAGCUGGCCGUCAUCAAGUCCACCUUGAACCAGAUGACCGAAGCCGCCGCAGCUGCCGCAGCUGCCGAAGAAGCCGCCAGGAACAUGGUGCCGGACGAGGAGACCGAGAGGCUCAUCAACCUGGACAAGAUCAAGGAGGCCUGGCACUACACCGUCUCCGGGGCUUGGCUUCUUAGCUUUGAGGAACUGAAGCAGGUCCUGGUGCAGUGGAAGAACCUCGUGACAGACGUCAACGUGUGGAGGGCAGGUUUCGAGGAUCUGGUGAGCGAGCGCCCGCUGGACUUGCGCAUGCGGGACGCGUCUGCCCUGGUGCUGGAGGGCCUCAUCAGCGGCAUAGCGAUUGCUUGGAGCAUGGGAGCGUUGUUUGCACGGAAAUGA